GCCGCGGCAGCUUCUCCUCGCCGAGCUGCUGCCGCCGCCGGGCGGACGGGCGGACGCGCGGAGCCGGGGGCCGCGCGGCCGGGCCGGCGGGGCGCGGCGGGGCUGACCGGCCCCGAUGAGGCGGAAGGAGAAGCGGCUUCUGCAGGCGGUGGCGCUGGUGCUGGCGGCCCUGGUCCUUCUGCCCAACGUGGGGCUCUGGGCGCUGUACCGUGAGCGACAGCCCGACGGCACCCCGGGAGGAUCGGGGGCGGCGGUGGUCCCGGCGGCUGGACUGGGCUCCCACAAUCAGCAGAAGAAGAUAUUUUUCCUGGGAGAUGGGCAAAAGCUGAAGGAUUGGCAUGACCAAGAAGCCAUCAGGAGGGAUGCCCAGCGCGUAGGAAAUGGAGAACAAGGGAGACCUUACCCCAUGACCGACGCUGAGAGAGUUGAUCAGGCAUACCGAGAAAAUGGAUUUAACAUUUACGUCAGCGAUAAAAUCUCCCUGAAUCGCUCUCUCCCUGAUAUUCGGCACCCAAACUGCAACAGCAAGCGCUACCUGGAGACGCUCCCCAACACCAGCAUCAUCAUCCCCUUCCACAAUGAGGGCUGGUCCUCCCUCCUCCGCACCGUCCACAGCGUGCUGAACCGCUCGCCCCCAGAGCUGAUCGCUGAGAUCGUGCUGGUUGAUGACUUCAGUGACCGAGAACACCUGAAGAAGCCACUUGAAGACUACAUGGCCCUCUUCCCCAGUGUGAGGAUUCUUCGAACCAAGAAACGGGAAGGGCUAAUAAGGACCCGGAUGCUGGGGGCCUCUGCAGCAACCGGGGAUGUCAUCACAUUCUUAGACUCACACUGUGAAGCCAAUGUCAACUGGCUCCCCCCCUUGCUCGACCGCAUCGCCCGGAACCGCAAGACCAUUGUGUGCCCAAUGAUUGACGUGAUCGACCACGAUGACUUUCGGUAUGAAACACAGGCCGGGGAUGCCAUGCGGGGCGCCUUUGACUGGGAGAUGUACUAUAAGCGGAUCCCAAUACCUCCAGAACUGCAGAAAGCUGACCCAAGCGACCCAUUUGAGUCUCCCGUGAUGGCCGGUGGACUGUUUGCUGUGGAUCGGAAAUGGUUCUGGGAGUUGGGUGGGUACGACCCAGGCCUGGAGAUCUGGGGAGGGGAGCAGUAUGAAAUCUCAUUCAAGGUGUGGAUGUGUGGAGGCCGCAUGGAGGACAUCCCCUGCUCCAGGGUGGGCCAUAUCUACAGGAAAUACGUACCCUACAAAGUUCCAGCGGGAGUCAGCCUGGCCCGGAACCUGAAGCGAGUGGCGGAGGUGUGGAUGGAUGAGUACGCCGAGCACAUUUACCAGCGCCGGCCCGAGUACCGCCACCUCUCUGCUGGGGACGUCGCCGCCCAGAAGAAGCUCCGCAGCUCCCUUAACUGCAAGAGUUUCAAGUGGUUUAUGACCCAGAUCGCCUGGGACCUGCCCAAAUUUUACCCGCCCGUGGAGCCCCCCGCCGCAGCUUGGGGAGAAAUUCACAAUGUGGGCACAGGGCUGUGUGCCGACACGAAGCACGGGGCCCUGGGCUCCCCACUGAGGCUGGAGAGCUGCGUCCGGGGCCGUGGGGAGGCUGCCUGGAACAACAUGCAGGUGUUCACCUUCACCUGGAGAGAGGACAUCCGGCCUGGAGACCCCCAGCACACCAAGAAGUUCUGCUUUGACGCCAUCUCCAACACCAGCCCGGUCACCCUCUAUGACUGCCACAGCAUGAAGGGCAACCAGCUGUGGAAAUAUCGCAAAGACAAGAGCCUGUACCACCCCGUCAGCGGCAGUUGCAUGGACUGCAGUGGAAGUGAUCACAGGAUCUUCAUGAACACCUGUAACCCCUCUUCUCCGACCCAGCAGUGGCUGUUUGAACACACCAACUCGACAGUCUUGGAAAAAUUCAAUAGGAACUGAGCCCUGGCGUCUCCUCCGCGGGCCUGGCGGAGUCCUCUGCAGGCGCUGCUGGCACCUUUCCCCUCCCGAGGGACCCAGGGCUUCCGUGGGCAGCGUGAUGCGAAAGGCGCUGGCCAGCCGGUCAAGGGCAGAGAAGGCUCUUACGGCUGGAGCAGGAGGUCCGCCUGGUCCUUGAGGCCCAGUGGUAGCUGUGUGGGGGGAGAACAGACCCCACAUGAGGCCCCACAAAGCAGUGCCUGCUUUAAUCCCUGAUGGCAUCAUGGAAAUCCAGGAGGGCCUUAUCGACUUUGUCACCACGUUCCCUUGAGCACUAUGUGGGGUGAAAGCCAAGGCAGCCCUCAGCCACCCAAAAAUGGGUCCUACAAGGUUGCCUAUCUUUGAGAUGGCUCGUACAUGAUGGCCCUUUACAAAAAGAGGCCCCUGUUGUUUGUCUGGGCAGCUCGUAGCACCUAAGCCAUCCGUCCGCUGCGGAAGGGAAGGAAGGGAGUCUUUCUCAGGGCCACUGGUUUCAGCCCUUUAGUUUCUGCCUGUCAUGGAGUAACUGCAGUUACUGCCCGGCUUCUCUUCUGUCACAGCCCCAGGUGAUGUGCUCGAAGGCCACACCUGUAGCCUCAGAGUGUUCAAUACUGAACACUGGCCAGCUGCCAGGCUGGGGGUCAGGAGCGGGACCUCUAGACGUUCCUUGGCCGCCAUGGACACGUGGGAUGUUUCUCCUUGCUCUCUGGGCACGUGACAGCUCAGCCACCGGCUCUUCGGGGCUGGGCUUCAGAUGGCUUUGGGCCCAUGGAAAAGUCCUAGUAGAAGACCUCCAAACGAGAUACUCUGGCUGAAUUUCCCUGAUCAGUUCUUCCAUUUUCCUCUUUCUCUCUUGGGCAAUUACUUGCCUCAAGAAAGGAGCAGACGUGUGAAGCGCUCACCUCCCAAAGUCUGGAGGCCUCCCAGGUGGACUGUGGGCAAGAUGCCCAGCUUCUGACCUCAUCGUGGCUCCAGUUCUCAGAGAGAACUGUAGAAUUUUUGUAGAACUAUACCAUUGGAUCACAAACUAGAACACUACAUAGGAUUCUGGCAUUCUAGCAUCCAGUUAGGAUUUCUAGAAUACUGUGAUUUAAAAGAGCCAGCCAAGUGUAAUACAGUAAGGCAGCCGGCCCCCAGCCUAGAGACAGUCUUUGAAAUCCAAGGCUGGUGGUGUCAGGGGGUGUGGGUGGGUGACCUGUGUCCAUCAGCUUGUACCAGAGGCCUUGGUAUGACACGGUCCACAGCGCAGACCCAAAGCCCUACACCUUCUGCCACCUUCGCAGCUGCAGUGGAGGAAACCCCGGGUUCAUGAGCAGGCCAACACCCAGCUCCAUGCCAGUCCCUCGUUGUUUACCGUUUGCUUUGUUAAUUAUGUGUCAGACUCCCAGAGGGCUCCCAAGCUAAUAGGAAGCAUUUCUGUAACCAACCUGCCACCCACUGAUUUGGAAAUGGAAUUCGCAUUCUACAACCUAUGGCUCCCACCAGCUAGUCCAGGAAAUCCUGGAAAUCGGUGUUCCAAUUAGAGCUGGAUCUCUUGAUUGUGUCAUUUACCAAUUAAAUGAGACAUUAACCUGGGAACAGAGACAUGGAUCUGCCUUUGAGAUGCUGGCUGAUCUCAAGGCCAUCAGUUAUCAGGGUGGGGGGAUCAGGAAAUAAAACACUCCCAACCACCAACCCCCCAAUUAAGCGUAUAGCUGGCAAAGCAUCACUUCCUCCACUUCUGCCCCCACACAAGCCCUGCCCUGGCCGCCUGUCCCCAGGAGAGCCGGCCCCUGUGCGUGCCACAGCUUGCUUGUCCAUCCCUCCAUGUCUUUUCCUAAUGAGUGCCAUAUCCUUAGAAGUGGCCCUCCAUAGGAAGGAGUCCAAAGAUGAGGCCCCUUCCAGGAUCUAGGAGAACAAGAGUUGCAGUUUGGAGAGCUGAGUUAGGGUUCAUCAUCAGAGAGCAAUGCAGCAUCAUUAAAAUAAAAACUGUGCCUUUUAAAAAGAAAAAAAAUGCAAAUGUACAGCAAAUCCCUAAACUUGAACAAUUUCCUAGUGCCUUGCUAGACAAACAUAAAGGGGCAGGGUCGGGGGGGGAGGGGAAACAUUGGUGGUGGUGUGUGCAGUUUCUGUUGGAUGAGUGUGUGUUUCUUAACUUCUAGUCUCAAGCAGGAGACGUUGGGCCUAGAGCAGGAUCUAGGAGACGGAGAGGCUCCUCAAGGGCCAGAGGCUGGAGUUACUCCAGUUCGUGCAAGUAACCCUCGAAGUUAAAAGGGCAGCUGGACAACUCAUUUCAUCCAUGGCCUAGAAGGGCCUCAGCAACCCCUGGAAGACCCCAACUGAUGCCCAGUAAAGCAGCUGGGAGCCUGUGAGAUGCUCUCAUCUGGGCCGUGAGUGAGGAUGUGGGCCCCUUGUCCUCCCUUUGUUCUGAGCACGAGGUCACAAAACAGGUGCUGCCAGAAAGUAUCAUGACCGUGUGGCCCACCAGCAGCCUUUCCAAAGGGGGACUCCAGAAACAUUUUGGAACACAGAGAGCAUCUUUGCUGUGAAUACAAGGCCUUUGGAGGUGGCUAAAUGUUCAAGCACAUGUGUGAAAAGCCCUUUCACUGUGUGCCUCCAGCUGGAGCUUUCGACUUUUAAGAUAGUCCAGGAGCCAUCUAUUCUCCCCUUGUGAAAGAUCUAGUCAGAGGCAGAAGGAGCCACUUCCACAGGGGAUGUGGCGUGAGGCCUAGGGGAGCAAGAGUAGUUCCUGUUGAAGAGGCAGCAUGUAGAUUCCCAAAGUCCAUACUAUAUUCACUUUCCAGACCUACCUGUUGAAUUUCUUUGUCUCCUUAAGAAAGAGAUGAUACCCUUGAAAAUGGCUCCAUAUUUCUUUCCGGUAUCUUCAUUUUUCUAGUCUCUGGAAUCUCAAAAGAGCAGCAAAGCACUUUACAGUAGUAACUGAGAAUUGCUAUAACUGAGGAUUCCUUGCUUCAGCGAUCUCUAGUUUGUACACAUUGGGUGAUCUUUUAUAAUUCCUGGGAGGCAAUGCAUUUUUAAUGUUUUCUGAAGAUUUUUAAGUGCGGGAGAGGGGCAAGGAGUGCAGUCCAAUGUGGGAAUUCUUUUCUACUUGCAACUGAUGCUCUUUGUGAAAAUCCAAGUAAUGUUUCAGUUCAAACUUGAUCUUGAGCCAAGGCCAAGGCCCACUGCCACCUCUGGGUGGGAGUUGGACCUACAACCCAAGUGACAAAGUCCUCUUAACAUCCACUCCCCAGAAUGGCUGAAUCAAAGCCACUCCAGACAACUGAGUUGGGCUCCUGCUCUGUUUUUGGCUUGAAGCCUGGGAUCCCAAAGGGACUACAGACAGGGAAUAUUGAGAUGGCAGACUGGGAUUCUAAACAGAGAGCUCAAGACCACCAGCCUCUCUUCUCCUGCCUGUAAAAGUGAGCCUUUGUGAUGAACUGACUCACUGUGUACAAUUGUGAUUGUGAUCAUUGUUGAGUAAACCUCCAGACUUUCUCUAA